GUCCGCGACGUGGUGACCGGCGUGGGUGUAGGUGAUUCUGGUGUCUGGCAGGCCGCGAGAGGAUGAGACGAAGCAUGUGGUGGAGGCGGCGACUCUAUACCAGCAUCCUUCUCCUCUUGUGUAGCGCUGGCGGAGGUGGAUGGACAGGAGUGGCAGGCGAGGAGGUGAAAGUAUUUGGGAUGCAGCUGGACCUGGAAGAACCCUCGCGGUCAGACGUCGUGGCCACCUACAACCUUUCCCUCAAGUUUCCCGAGGGCGGAGAGGCGUCAGAGAUGAGCGUGUGUUACUGGGCCAAGCCUGACACUCUGACCAGCUACGAGACCCACCUAUCCCUCGCCGCCUCAGACUACGAGAACGACAUCCUCCACCUGUAUCGGCGCGGUGGCCAGCUUGGGUUUUACUACAAUGGCGUGAGGCAGCUGGGCUUCCCUCACCUCGUCACCGCCAUUGACCUGCACACCUGGAAACACUACUGCCACGUGUUCCACCAGGGGGAAUACUCGGUGUACAUAGGCGGGGAGCAGCUGGGUGGAGGCACCAUCGCCACUUCCCGAGUGCCUGUGCCCCUGCAAGGCGUGAUUGCCCUAGGUCAGGAGCAAGACCUACUGGCGGGCGGAUAUGACCCAGACCAGAGCUACCGCGGUCGCCUCGCGCUCAUGAACAUCUACAGCAGGCGCGUCACUAAAGCAGAAAUCAAGCAGCAAGCUUCCUGCGGUACUAUCUCUUCUGGAGACAUUUUUUCGUCAGAGAGAGACGAAAUGACGUUGUUUAAUGUCAGCAUUGAGCUUCACGAGGCCAAGGAGUUUUGUGAAGCGUCCGUCGAUUACGUUAUUUUUCCCGAGCGCAGAAAUCUGCCGGAUUCUCUGCAGGCGUGUCGUAGAGUCGGCUACGACAUGUACAGCCCUUCCACGCACACUCAGAACACCGCCCUCUACAAUGAGUCUCUCCUCUUUAGUACUGCAUGCUUGGCCAACAACUACCACUUGUGGGUGGGCGCCACGGACAGAGAGCAAGAGAACGUGUGGCGGAAAUUCAUCGACGGGACAAUAGUUAAAGAUCCUCCCUUCGAAAAGAAUGAACCAAAUGGCGGGGACGGCGAGGACUGCAUCCUGAUGUUCCUGCUGAGCGGCCUGUGGGUGGACACGUCCUGCAGCAUCAAGUGGGCCGCCUGUGUACCCUGCCAGGUGUUAUACUCUAAGCCUCUCCGUCUUCGUGGUCUUUGUUCCCCGAGUGAGGCUGAGACAUUCUAUGAGGUGCUUGGUUACAAGAGCGAGAAACCUUACUUCCACGGCUACUAUGGCAACUUAGUGUACAGAAGGGAAGGAGUAGACUGGGAGAUGUACGACCUGGCGCAUGGUGCGGUGGUGGCCACCACUACACUCCUUUCAGAAAACUCUUACCCUAUUGGACGCCACCGCUGGACCCUGAAACGCGGCAUCUGCAACCUUCCCCCUAAUGCUGAGAUCACUCUCAGCUUCUCCGUCUGUGCCAACACUGAGUUCACUUGCUCCAAUGGGGACUGCAUUGCCAAAAAGUAUCGCUGUGACGGCAGCAACAACUGUCCAGACUUCUCGGACGAGGACAACUGUCGAAUGUUGGUGUUGCCCCAUGGCUACCGCGCCACCCAGCCACCCUCCAACACACAAGGCACCCGUCCUCUCCUUCUCGGUUCAGUGGUUCGCAUUCUCCGCAUCACGAGGAUCAGCGACGUGCGGCGGGCGAUUGACGUGGAGAUGAGCCUCGACCUGCAGUGGCCGGACCCGAGGAUCACCUACCUUAACCUCGGCGAUACUCUGGAGUGGAACAAACUGACUCAAGAUGACACCAAGAACAUAUGGAAGCCAAGGCUGGCCUUCCCAAAUGUUUACGACGGGAAGAUCAAUUCAAUACAGGAAGAGUUUAGCGUCAAGAAACUGAAGGGACCGCUGCCACCACAGUACAAUGACGAGAAGAUGGAUACUGCGUUUGGCGGCGACGCGGCGCUGGUGGUGCAGGAGCAACACUUCAGUGGAAGUUUUGCUUGUUCCUUUGAGGUGUUCUACUACCCCUUUGACAAGCAAAGGUGCCACAUACUGAUCAAGUUGGCCUCUGCUAGCAAGGAACAGGCCAUAUUCGCGAUGAAGGACGCAAAGAUCAUCUAUUUGGAGGAGAGGUUUUUGCCUGACUACGAGGUGAGCAAGACUUCUCUGACCGUGACGGAAGGAGGCAACAACGAGACUCUCUUCAGUGUCCUCGAGGUGACGUUCGAGGUGAAGCGGCGGUGGACAGUGAUUGUGGUGACGGUGUUCCUGCCCACCACGAUGCUGCUGUGUGUCGGCUACGCCACUCUCUACAUCAAGAUGGAGAUGAUGGACGUGCGCAUGGCGGUGAGCCUCACGACACUGCUGGUGCUGUACACACUCUUCAGCAACACCUCAGACUCACUCCCCGUCACUGCCUACGUCAAGAUGAUCGACAUGUGGUUCUUCUCCAUCAUCUCCCUGCUCUUCUUCAUCACAAUGAUUCACGUGCUGGCGGAGUACAUAUCGGAGAGGCAGCAGGUGAUUAAGGUGCAUCCCGUGGUGAAGAGCGAUGCCCGACACUCCAGACUAACAGGAGAGCGGAUGAUGGUUGCCGUGAGGAAGUGGGUGGUGCCUCUCAUGGUGGUGGUUCUCAAUAUCGUCUACUGGGUACUCCUCCUCCAGCAGGGUUCUCCGUAAUCCCUAUGUGUCUGUGUUCAGAGUUGUGUGUUGAGUCUCCUCAUUCUGACGUAUUUGUGGUGCUGAAGGGGAAUGUUUGCAGUGCGCGUUUGAGGAGACCGUGAUAUAGAUAGUACAAUGUGUAAGGAAUAAUGGAAUAAUGAGAACUGCCUACCUCUGCGGUGAAUCAUGUUUCUGUGAUGAUGAGUACUAACACUACCUCCACUUCCCAAUGAUUUUCACACCAUAUGUUUCGAAACGCUUCGGGCCACGAAGAUGAUUAAUUGGGAUGGAUUUUUUUUCUUAUUGGUGAUGUAAAAUGCUCGUUGAAUUGUUACUGCGAUAAUUAGAAACUACUUUGAAAAUGGAAUGAAUUUUGAAUGAAGCCCAAUAAAACUACAAUGUCUAGAUAAAUGGCGAAAUGUUUGGGAAUGUGACCCCAGGACAUUCCAUUGUUGUGUUCGUGUACAGUGCGGUGACUUGACCUGCUCCAGGAAGGAAGCACUGUGUCGCUGCAGGAACGUAGUUGGCUUGAAUUUAGGUAAUGGCGUUGCAUACAGGCAGGUAAUUAAGGGCCAUGUGUCUUACUCAGCCACUGGCCUGUCUUCGUGACACGCACUCUACAUCAUAUACUAAAUAACUUAUACUCGUAUGUCGUUAGUGUUUCGUUAGGCCUCCACCCGUUAUCCUCUCCUCCCAACACACACACACACACACACACACACACAUCGCUUGGUCAGUACCAUGACUCAUUGAAACUGUGACCCGUUUCUCUCUGUCUUAUAUAUUCUUGGAGGGAAAAAAAAGAGGAAAAGAAAAAAAUACGCACCUUUGAACAUAAUCAGUAUAAUCACUUUAUAAUGACUUUAUUUAUGUUCAAGAUACUACUGGAACACUUCUGUCUUACCGGUAAGCUAAAUGGCGACUGAGGAAGACCUACAAGUCUCCUUGACAGUAACACCGGAAGUGCCUGCCAGCUGUGCCUCGCUGCUUUGACGGUCACCGAGGCGACCGAGGCGCGCCACCAGUCUAGAGCUGGCGGCCUGGCGAAGAAGGGUUCUCCUCCCCUGCUUUCCCUGGAAUUUCCUCACUCCAAGUCUCGUGACACGUCAGGACAGGAGGUGGUCUGUGUGUA